GUUUUUUCUUUUACAGCCGCCAGUUUUAAAUCUGGGAAAAUCAAUAAUAUCACUGCCAGGAGCUCAGGGUUAUUUGCUUGCGAGAAAAUUACCUUCGAGGAACCAUUCUCUCGCGGAAAGCAAGUGAAAGUGUUUCUUUCACCUGGUAACUCAACUAAUGGGGUGGAAUCAGAAGAUCACAGUCAAUUUCGCGCUUGCAUCUACGAGUACAGCGAUGGCUCGAAUGCAGCUGCGGAAUUAAACUGGAUUGCCUUGGAAUCUGCCCCCUCCGGAGCACAACUAGGAACCACUUCCUUGGACUCUUGGACGACAGGAACAAAGUGUAAGAAGGUCGAUUUUCCUCAGGUUAGUUUAAUUUUCAAAAGAUAAGUAAGUUUACGUAAAAACUGGCCUUGAUUAAUUAUAAAAAGAAAGGAUCCUUGGUGGUCGGGGGGCCUUCAGAUGGAGGAUGUCACGUUCAAUUACCGACCCAUAUAAUAGUCACUUGAGUUAAAGUUCACUUAUCCAUAUACCUAGGCAAAUUUAUGACUAAAUCUAUAAAACUGAAUUUAUACAGUGAAUUUAAUCUGACAAUCAAAGACCCCUGUAAAAUCCUUCGAGAGAUCGAGAAUAAACCAGUUCAGUUCCUCUCAUGUUUCACUUCCCGCAUGUGAUAGUCUUUCACAUGGUAUGAUUUGGCUCAGCCAAUUGAAUCUAAGCUGUCAAUUCUGUGUCAUCAAGCACUUAGAGCUGAUUGCAUGAGCUGGGCUGGCUCAGCUUGAGGUGACGUUUAACCCGGUGCCUUUUCGAUCCCGGGAUCCCAGUUAACCGGGCUAGCUUGAUUGGUAAGUAACCACAAAGUUGAGUUUCGUUGAGUUUAAUGUAAUGAGCUUUGUGCGCAUAACAAAAAUACCCCCGCCCCCUCUCUCCUCUCUUUUUGACGGUUUCGUUAUGUUAAGAUAUAUUUACUCUUCAGUUAAAAUAUUUGCUUAGACUUUGUGUGCUCCGAAACUAUUGAACAAAAACAAUUUAAAAAUGGCACUGUUCAGUACCGCUCUAAGACCAUCGUUUUAGGUUAAGAAAACUUUUAGUACAGUGAUGGACCAUGUGACUUGAAUGUGACGGAAGGUCUUUCCCCUUUGAAACGGAAUUUAAGCUCAACAGGAAGUCGGUGUUUAACUGUCGAUAAAACAGGGGAAACUAGACUCAAUUGCGGGGAAGAACCGACACUUCUCUGUAGGACCAGGAUCAAACCACUAACUGGUACAGCUGAGUAGAUAAAACAGAACUAAACUUUAGUUCUGACAACAGCAGGUCAAACAGCAUUAACUGAGGCGGGACACGGCGAAUUAAACGAAAUGUAGUCCCUCAACCCUGAAAUCCACGAUGUAAUAUAAAAACAGUAAAAAAUAGUUUUCCUAUAUAUGAUUUCUACAACCACUGAAGGCAAAAGAAUACAAUAGAAAUAUAAACAGAAAUCGCUUAGAGUUAAAUGAAAACUUACAAAAUCUAUUUUUAACCUGAAAUCGUUUCUUUCUGUUUCUAUUUUAAAAAGUAAAAGUACUGCAAAACAAAGACCUAGCUAGGUCAGCAAAACAGCGAUUAUGUUCAAUAUAUUAUUGUAUUGUAAGUGUUACAAUAUGUAUAAAGUUGUAAGUUAAGCUAUCGGCUCGGAAGAGGGGUAGAGUAAUUACUAGUUCUCACCUUGAACAUAAACCCGCGAUCUAUUUCAAAAUUUGCAAGACAUGUACAGCAAAACCUUUCAUAUUCAAAAUUUAUCUGUUGGCUCUACAGUAUGUAACUAACAACUUAACGAACAAUAUUUUCGGAAAUAAAUAUAGCUAAAAUGCAAUGAUUAAAACGACUGUGGUGUACCUGUGUGAAAAGCGUUAUUAUGAAUAGAUGUCAUCUGGUUGUAAAUCAGACUACAGUUAAAUAACCAUUAUUCACGGCAGCCGAAACUAAUCAUUCUUUUAAAAGUCAACAUAUAUCGAAGUAAAAUGUGAACAGUUGAAAAGGGAACAACCAAUCAGUUUUGUUUGUUCAGGAAAACUGUUGGCUAAUUUCCAAAAUUAUUAGCGGGCACAAAGAAGCUAAAUCAACCAAACGUCAAAGCGAAUAUUUGAAGGCUACGUAAAUAUGAAAUUGGAGGCAAAGAAAGAAUUAUUGGAAAAUCUCACCUCACAGUCAGUUGCGCUGUUGCAAUGAAUUUCGAUAAAGUUGGGAUGAAGUCCUCUCAUACAGGGAACCCUUUCCACCUUUCCAUAACCUGGUGGAUGAUAUCAAGCAUUUGAUAGACGAUACGCCUUUUUGCAUCAGUUGAUCACGUGAUCAACUUUCGGUAAACACGAAAACAGUUCGACGGUUCAACGGUUCAGUUCAUUUUCGGCGGCCGUGGCGAUCGCUACUUUUGAUAUAUUUGGAUGAAAAUACAAAGGUUACCUAAUUUUAAAAUGCUCUUUCAGCUUCUGCUAACAAAGUUUUUCAAAACCAAACUGUUUUCGUGUGAUCACGUGACCAACUAAUGCAAAAGGCCUCUUACCACCUCACAAACGUAAACAUUACCCCGAUGAGUUGUACCCCAGUAAGAUCUUGGGAUAUUGUUACACCUCUAGAGAAAAUGACCUACUCUCCUUAGUAAAAGUACCUCAACCCUAUUCCCAUGAUUUCAACACAAUUAUUCGUAUCUAGUUCUUUGCUUUUAUAGCAGGAGUUAUGGGUUUGGAACAUUAAGAACGGAAAACGUAAAUUGCCGAUAAAAUAGUCUAAAAAAAUGCACCAUUUGUUUCUCGAAUUAUAUUCAGUUAAAGAGCGUUUGUAUAUAUGAUAUUAGACGAGAGAAUUUUUUGCGCCUCUCUGUUUUUUUUUUGCUUUUGCUUUUUGAUCGCGCGCGCAGUCAUAGAGUGUACGCUAAGACAUAUUCAGCGAGAGCUAUAGGUGAGGCCUUUGUUUAACAUAAUAAUCAUCCUUGAUUGCUCUUGAGGACAUUGAGCAACUAAACCUAAUUUCCGUGAUAUAGUUUUAAUUUUGCAAUGAUCCAGACGAUUGGGUACAAUGGGAAAAUUCUGAAUGUCAAACCCAAUGCGGGAGCAGUACAAGGCCAUUAUUCCAUUAUUUUCAAAAGUCUGGCGAAAGUCUAGUGGGGUAAGUUUCUUUUGCUUUGUGUCCCCCAGAGCGUGAAAACAAAAGAAACCAACUCCACUAGACCGGGGUCCCCCACUCCAUGUAAACAGGCCCUUAGUGUUAUAUCAUAGACUCAAUUUCUAUCUCUUUCAUCUCUAGCAUUUUACGGGACACUGCAGCCUCCUCUGAGUUUUGCGAAUUUAUGCGAUACGCAUGUUGCUAGUAGAUGUAAUGAUAAAGAGCCACAACAAAACAAAGUAAAUACAUGGAAUUGUUUCAAUUGGUAUUCGAGGAAAAUAAUACAAUACCCUAAUUAUGAAGAAAAAUCUUGUCUGAUUCAGGUGAAAUUGUGAAACGUACUUACUUAGGAAUUUAAAAAAUAUUAUUUCUUUAAGUUUCCCAUUCUUCGCCUUUCACUACUCCUUUAUAUUUAUAUUUAAUUUCAGCGUUUUUUGACCCCUCCAAUCGUACUUGCGACUCCGAGUCACCAGUUUCCUGAGAGACCUCAAGACGCCAUGGCAGUCUGGGUGGAGGAUUUGACAGAACACAGUUUCAAACUCUGUCUUAGGGAAGUGAAAAUUUUUGAUGGACUUCAUAGGAGCAUCAAAAUUGUGAGUAAAAUGUUGUAUCCACCAGGGAUUUCUGAGAUUUCAUGUUGCGCAUUUGCCCCUCAUUGCACAAAGCAGGAAAAUAGAGAUACACAAGGAAAUAACAUUCUGAUUAAACCACUUCAUAAAGGCGAAUGCGAUUCGAAGACGAAUAAUUGAUUGUUUAGAAAGGGGGACAACAGAAGGCGUUUUACUUAGCUCGGCUGUUCAGCUAGAGCUCCGAAAUAUGGCGAAAACUAACGCUUCCUAAAAACAAAGCAAGAACAGCAAAAUGCCACAUGCGCGAAACAUAAUGACUACUAUUGAAAGAAUAUCUCAGCCAGAUAUAUACAAUUCCUGAAGUUACCGAGCAACAGGGAAAUGUUAUUAAAACGCAAAUUCAGGUCGAUGGAAACAAUAUUUUGAAUUAAUAAAUCAAUUUUUACACUUGUUUGACUCGGUUUUCGAAGGAUAUAUUUAACAAUUAUUCUACGAGUGCGCGUUUGACUGAUAUGAGAUGGCAGAUAGCCGACGAGGCGCGAAGUACUGAGUUGGCUAUAAUAAUCUCAUAUCCAACAAGCGCGAGUGGAAUAACUGUUUUAUUAAAAACGCCCACAAAAUUUCGAGAACUAUUCCCGACUUUAAUUGUAAAGAAAGCAAACGAUUUUCAGCUCGUUUUUAGUUUUGAGCAGACGCGUACAGUUAUAGUUUGGAGAGCAUGGUAUAAUGGCUCAUAUACCAUGAUGGCUAAGCCAAUCACAACUCUAGAAUUGCAUUAUCCAAUGAUUCAGUUUUUAAUGAAAAGAAUUAUACAGAUCAAGGUGAGUCUACUGUUGUCCGCCGAGUCCUCGUUGAUCUCCAUAAUUCCACAUAACAUCUACGCAGCCUCAUCCAAUAAAUACUAAGUGGUUUUAAAAUCGGUUCCUUCGUUGUAGCUAUCAUAAAGCAGUUAGCGAAAUAUUGCGCUCUUAGUUUACAGACUUAAAAAAAAUGCCAAAACGCAGGUUUUAAGUGUCCGAUAACCCCGAACGCCACACUACAGAUGGAGAAGGAACGUCAGAAACACGAGGAAGAAAUCAAUGCACUGAGUCUCUUAAUGCUAUUCCUACUUUGUAACAUUUUCAACAAUCCAUCCAGAAAUAAAUAAAUAAAUAAAUAAAUCAUAAAAACAAAUCGCUGUAUCUUUAAAUAAAAAUGAGAUAAGCCUUAUCUAAUAUGAUUUUUCCAUUGUUUCAGAACUGGAUGGCUUAUACAAACCUCACUGUUGUGAACUUUACAUUAUCAGAGAGUCUUGUGCUAAGGAACAAAAACUCACCACCCCAAAAUAACGAGGCCUUUUGCGAGGUGAAAAAAUGUUAAUAAUUAAAAUGGACUAUCUUGACAAUAUUUUUAUAUUUUUCAUAAACUUUAACAUGUGCAUCGGUUGGUGAUAUCAGUUCCUGCUCACCUGGAUCGAAGUUGAAGUUUGUUUGGUCAUUUGCAUCACUUCUCACCAACGAUACAUUGUGGCUACGUUAAAGAAAUCUAUGAGUCUGAAAAAAAAAAAAAUCUGAGGAUAGGGUUUCAAUUUAGCUUUGCCCUCUAUGUCUAUUUAAUCACUGAUUGUUUAAACUAGACGUAACUAGGGAGCAAAAAUAUCAUGUCCGUUAAUUAUUUGUCAUUGUAUGACACAUUGUGAUCGUUUCAUGUCAUUUAUUUAAUUAUUUAUUCAUUUAUUUAUUCAUUUAUUGAAGUAGUUAUUCAUUUAUGUCAGCAUGCACUUAUUCUGGAAAUCAAAGUAACUAAAAAGUGACAAAUAACAAUCCAUAUCGUUUAUGCUACAGAAUAUCAACUUCACAAUGCCGCUCUAUGCUCCACCAGUGGUAAUAGUGACCGCAAAGCGUGUCAGCAACAACUCGCAAUCUUCUGGAUGCGACGCAAUCGCCGCAUGGGUUGAGGUAAAAAAAAAAAAAAUUAAACAGGUAAAAUUGUAUAACAGACUUAUGCCAUCGUCACCCUGCGAGCAGAGCCCAGUUUUGUCUUCUUGACUGAGGAGGGGAAAAGGAAGCUGAUCUGCUUGAAUCGCGUCACACAUUUGAGGUCGCCGCAGCCAAAAUUUAAUUGUGGACUAGUCAAUCCUGUUCCCCCUUGUAACACUGUUUUUGUUGUUGUUGUUGUUGUUGUUUUGUUUUUUUUUCGAGUGCGAGCAUCCGUUUAUUGAUCAGGGGCACCCAACGACUGUUUUCUGUAAACGAUCUGUUCGGAGAAGCCAAUGUUGCUUACAAUGUAUUUUUCUUUUGCUUGAGGACGGCUGAAAAUAUCUAGAUGAACAUUCCAUUCAUGUACAAUUUUCGAAGCUCAUCCAUCAAAUCCCCUACGAUUUUUUGAAGUUUAAUUUUUCAUAUUUUAAUACUUCCCAGGUUAAACUAUUUUUCUUGGAAAGAAGAAACUUAAAAUUUUCGGAUUCUAAAACGUGAUGGAGAGAGGAAUCCGAAAAAUUCUUACUUUCGUAAAACGUUAAAUUGCACCUAAAAUGUUCGCGAAAAUGAUGCAGAAACCCUUGUAAUUUCGAAUAGACUUACGUUCCCCUAGGAUGACCGAACGGAUAAAAAUUUUUUAGCGCCGCUUAGAAUGCAUUUCGACAGAUCUAAAAGUCCUCUAAAUAGCCUAAAAAGUGUUUUCAUCGUAUUUUGGAGCAAACCAUCGUUGGGUGCCCCUGAUUGAUAAACGGGUGGUCAUGAACGCGGGCUUGCUGUAGUAGGAGCACAAUUAUUAGGCCUGGGUCCGAAACUCUAGCAACAUGCUGCACAUGCUCAACAAACGUCUUGUCAUUUUGCGCAGAGUCUUUCUUGAGGAGUACGCCAAAAUCAAGCAAACGAAAGAAAGGCUCUGCUCAGUGGCAGGGUGAGGCAGCGCAAACCUUCAGACGUGAUCUGUUUGAUGAUAUUAAUAAACAAGAAAAAAAGAUGUACGCUUAAGCUAUGAGUGAGGAAAGUCAGUACUAGAAAUGGAAAUCGGCAGAUUUUUCACUGCAGUUUUAUAUCAAAAAGAAGGUUUCGUGAGGACAAGUUCGCCUCACUGCGAGUUUUGCCUGCAUAUGUCUUCUGUCUCUGAAAUUUCUGUUGUUAGUACACAAACACCACAGAAACACAGAUUUGUGUCAGAAACUACGACCCAAAGAGCAAGGAUACCAUAAACGUGGAUUACUUAGUUUUUGGAGGUAGGUAUACGUAAGUUUCAGUAAUACCCUUCGCGUAAUUUAAUUUGGUCUCGCUAUUUAGAUAAAAGAGAGCGCAAGUACAUCAUCACAACAACUGUUUAAUAGGCCACUUGCACUAAGAGGUCACGUGACCAAUGCUUCCUUUAAACAAUGAGUUGGAAUCUUGCUGAUGCUAAAAAUUGACAGAGCACAUAAAAAUUAUCUUACCCCCGAAAUUUGAGGGGAAACGCAUUUAAGGGAGAUAUUUUAUGGCACUUUGAUUUUUCAACAAAGUAGUAUGAUUUGUAUUUGUAUGUUGGAGGGCAUACUCUUGCCCUCCAACAUGGCGGCCAAAACUACUUUUUGCUCAGAUCUUGUUAAACGUUUGAUAGUUACGCUCAGAUGUGUUGUAAACGUUCCCACAUCAACUUUUCAACAUUCCCCUUGAAGUUUAAGAGCAAAAUUUGUGUUCGGAAAGAGUUAAUUCAUAAUUUCAAAAAUCACAUUUUGGUCACGUGACCAACUACGAACUUACUCAUUUUAAGAAAAUGGUGCAGGUUUGAAAAACCAAAUCACUAUUAUUUUGUUCAAGACAUGACCCACUAAUCGUUUUCUGAAGAAAAAAAUCAUAUAACUUUCACUUUCAUAAAAACGAUGUCACAUGACCUCUUAGUGCAAAUGGCCUAUUGGUAUUGUUGACGUGUCACUUAUGACGUUAAUGACCCCAUAAUUAUAAGUUGAUUCAGUGUAUUUUUACCAACCUGCGUGGCAAGCAGGUUAUGUUUUUUACUCUCCUUGGCUACUUUUUAGUUUUCUAACAUCCAAUUUCAUUAAUUUGAUACUUUAAAUCAAACUCAAUGACGAGACACGUUCUGAGUGUAAAGAACUGUGAGACAUCAGGCAGUCUCGAAUUAACACUAAUGAGGACCUCUAGAUCUAGCCUCUUCGUUAGUGGGUUAUUUUAAGAAGAAAAAUGCUUUUCUAGUCUAGUACGCUAUGUGCGUUCAUAAAAGUGUUCACAAUAAAUAGUCUUUACAUUAAAAAUAAAAAACGAAAUUGAAAUGGCCUAGCCGACGCGGUUUUGUUGAAUACUGGCUAAACACCGUUUAAAUAAUUGGCCCAUAGAUGUUAGCAAGAGCUAUAAUGAUGUUAGCCUUUGCCGAUUUAAGGUAACGGAAGUAUAUCUAGCCAAUGUUUUGAAAACCAGCCUGACGAAAUUUGCAGUCAUUUAAGUGAAAAGGCAUCAAAAGACAGAUUUUUUGGGCUCAAAAAGAUUUUACUCGAGGGAAAAGGAAGAGGAGAAAAAGAAAGAGCGAAGAAACGAAAAAAGGAGCAAAAGAGAAAAAAGUAAUGGUAGUGCACACUCUUAGUUUUUAUAAUGGCUACUUUGGAGAUAGUUCAAGUUUUGGCCGAAAAAAGCUGUUGGAUAGAAAAGGUCCUUUGGCGCUAACGUUUUCAAAAAUCCGGUUAGAUAUAUAUGCGUAGCACAAAAGCGGCAAAAAUUCAAGGAGUGGCUGGCCCUCGACAGCUUCUCUCCACCUAAUUCGCUUGAACUAGUCAAAUAAUAAAUUAGGGGUAAAUCAGUUACGGAAACCUUAAUGUGUGCCACGGGACAGCAAAUAUUUCGAUGAUCUGAUGAUCAGUGUCGUAGUAUAUAAGUGAUAUCCGGUGUCUGUGUCAAAUGGGAUCAUUUGUAGCCGUAAUUAUCGAUUUUUUAGCUGAACCUUCUCCUUCUUCAGUUCGCAAUUUUCAAAUGCAAAUGACGAUACUGACAAUACUUCUUUUAAUUCCUGAAUACAGAUCCGGAUCCUUGUAUAGACGUAUACUGUAAUUAUCACGGUCUGUGCAAGGCUUUUGGACCAUACGAUGCCCGCUGCGUGUGUAUAGACAGUUGCCCAUCCUUCCAAGUACCCAUAUGUUCUUCCAAUGGAACGACGUUUGACAACGACUGUUUCUAUAAGCAGGAAAUGUGUAUGUUACAAUUGAACCACACUGUGCAACAUCCAGGGAGCUGUGAAGGUAUUAUUUGAAGUGGAUGUUUGUGAAGUAUCCAUUGUUUCUUGCCUCUGUGCCCUUUCCACUACCCUUCCCGCUCCAGCUAGAAAAAAAACUCACGACUACUAAGUUUAAGUUUAAAGAAUUGCCUAAGUUAAAAUUGCAACAUUUUGGGUUUUAGAAGUCUGACUGUGACGAUGUUUCUGACAAUGACGUACUUGAGGAUGUUAACCAGACAAAUAAUACCGUAUUCACUAUAUGUAUUAUUAUUUAAAAUUCUAAAGAUCAAAAUUCCCAGCAUUAUGGCUGGAAGAAUUUGAGCCUUUCAAUAUCCUCUAUGGUCCUAAGAACAGCACUCAUAAUUCGAGGACGGCGCUCUGUCGAGUAACUAAGGAGGACGUGUUUAAUUAAUGAACCAGGUUAGCCCUAUAUACCUGCUUCGUCCCCAGUCGCACGCCAUCACUUUUGGGGGAUAUUUGAGUUAAUUAUUAAGAAAAGCGGGGACGAAGGGAGUGCGCUCUAAGCUCGUUCCCAUCAUUCCCCUUUCGCGCUUCUCGCUCUCGCGUGUUCCCAAUCCCCAGUUAGCCUUGGGAAAGCCUGCGGAGGAGGCAGCCUUUUUAUACGGCUGUAAUUACUCAUUAUAAGUCUAAACGUUGCUCUUUAAUUGUCUUAAUGUGAUUGUGGGUGACAAAUAGCUAACAAAUUGACCGAAAGAGAGUGUGUUGGCACCCUUCAGAGUUCUUACCACUGUGACAUUUUGCCGACAUUCCGUGACCUAGUAUAAGUAUACUGAAAAAGAAAGGCAAAUCAUAGAAACGCCGAUUUCUUGUAUAUCAAGCAGAAUAGAAAAAAAAAAAAAACAUAAACAUGAUCCUCAUGACAUACCCUUCGACUGUCUCAGAUUUGGGUCAGCCAAUUGGUUUUACGGAGCAGCAAUACGUUAAUUAAGACAUUACACCCCUAUUUUCCCGAACGAUCGUCGAGAUCGAAGACUUUGCGUUAAUGGGGGUCAUCUUGGAUGAGUGUCAAAUCUACUCAGGGGCUAUUAGCCCCGACUCGCGCCCCCUGGGUACAUAUGAAACCAAGAUGGACACCCGUACUGGUAAGCGCUCAAUCUUGACGGUCGUACGAAAAAAUAGGGGACUGUGAACAGACUGUUAUGACUGCCUAUAUCUAUAUUUAUAAAAAGAUUUUGAACGUCGAAUUAAAACAAGAAUAUCGCGCUCUCAUGGUUCUAUUUCAAAUUUCAUUGUCUAUUUCCUCGCACACAGUGGUUGUCGACAACCUUGCAGGCGCAAAAUCUCUCAGUUAUUGUCAAAGUUAAAUUAAUUUGUUUUGUUUCUGUUUAACUUUCCAGGAUUCCCAUAUCAGCGCUCGCGACUUCACAUGCCUCACAUACCAUCCUUGGGGUAUUCGCAUUGUGAAGUAAUUCAUCUACGACCAUUCGUGUUCUAUCCCGACAAACCCGUCCAAGUGCAGGUAACUGUUAAUCACGUUGAUACCACGGACAUGAACUAUGUCCACGAUGCUGCUGUGUCGUGGAUUGAAGAUGUGAGUGUCGAACAAUUUACUGCUUGCGUGAUGGCGGCGGGUUUUAACGAGCGCAAGUCACGUGCUAAUGUGUCCAUAGACUGGAUAGCUUAUCAGGGAGCCCCAGAUGGCGGGGUCUCUGGAGAGGUGCGCAUGUCACAGUGGUGGACUGGGACAACAUGCAAGACAGUGAAUUUUCCUUCGGUAAGUAAUUUCUACACCUCAAUGAUUUACUUUUUCUAUUACACUAUACACAGUUGAGAAAGUAUUACCUGUUUUCAAGCCCGGCGACGGGGGUAGUGGGAUACCAAUAUACCCAUUUUUUUUUCUCAUGAAAUACAUGUAUCAGUAUAUACCUUAAAAUUCUAAAAUCUUUGACUCCAAAUAUCUAAAAUUGCCUUGAAUCCUUGAAAUAGAACACGGCCGUAUACCUAAAAAUUAUCCAGGGCCUAGUUGUUCGAAGGCCGAUUACCACUAACCCAGGGUUAAAUUUUAACCCAUGUGUCUUUUUCUCUUUAUCAAUAGCACUUUCUCGGAUAAUUUACUCUAUUCUUUUUGGAGUGUUCUAUCAUCAAAUUGUAAACGAAAAGAAUUAAACUGAAUUUUCUUUUUAAGCUCUCAUAUCUGAAUUGAAAUUUCGCAUUAAGCCUGAGUUAUCUUGACCCAGCUUUGAACAACUCGGCCCAGGUUACUGAAAGAUAACACACCCAUAUAACGAGUAUAACUUUUAGUGCACUGCACUCGGUCAUGAGCUAUUUGCUUUCCCUCAUUUGCCAGCCCCUUGAGCUUGCAACUUCGAUCACUGUGUCAACAUAAAUCCUAAUACUUAAGAUUCAGGAAAACGAGAUACUCUAUACCCGCAUUUUGACACCAAAAUACCGUAUACCUAGACACCCAAAAAGCCAAGCCACCUGCAAAAUAAAUUAAAAAGAUGCCUUUUCAAACUCGAGCUUCGCCCCAUUUAAGGAAUUAAAUCCAAGACAGUCUUGGGUUCUGGACUCCAUGCUGUGGAUUCCGGAUUCAAGGUAUUGGAUUUCGGAUUCUUUGUCAGUCUCCGGAUUCCAGAGCCUAGUAUUCCUGCUUGUAAUAAUACUUUGAUUUUAAAAUUGACCACAUGUUGCUUUUUUUUUUCAGUCUAACGUUUUCUCCCAUGGUCGUUAUAAGGUUCCAGAGCAACCGUCAGUUUUCAUAACUGCUGCACAUCAUCGUGCUGGACUGAAGAGAGACGCCGCCAGCGUUUGGUUGGAAGACAUUUCGCUAUCGUCAUUCAAGAUAUGUUUGAGAGAGCUACAAAAUUACGCAGGCUCACAUGAAGAUAUUUCCGUUGUAUGUUUUUCUUCCAUGCUCUCUUUCUUUUCUACGUCGUUUUCGACAUAUUCGCUUUUCCUGUUUAGGCGACAGAAAGAUACGACUGCAUAUUACACUAGCAUUUAAGGAAUGUUUCUCUUUUUUACCUUUUUUCUCCGUUCGUCUCUUUGUUAUAGAACUGGCUGGCUUUUUCAUCAAUUGAGACGCCCUUUUUCUCGGAGCACAACUCAAUAUAUUUUGCCAACUCUCAGCCUCCUCAAGCCUGGAACAAUAACGCAUUCUGUAGGGUCAGCAUAUAAUCUCUUGUUUGAUAUUAAUACGUUGUACUUGUAUUGUUUUCGUUAACUCCUCUUUGCAUCGAAGUUUGAAAUCUGUUGUUCUGGUUCAUUAGGAUAUUUCCUUUGUUAAAGUGUACAAGAAUGCUCCAAGUGUUUUUGUAUCAGCGAAUCACACUUCAAGUGUGGGAGGCGUGGAUCCGAUGCACAACUCCAUAACAGCUUGGGUUGAGGUGAGUGUGGUAUUGUAGACAAACGUAAAUAUAUAGGCAAACAUUACUUCCGUUAACAUCACUAACAUAUGGUAAUAAAUUCUGUACCCUUUACAUUAGCAUUUGUAAUAAUUGUUUGAUGAUAACCUUAAGUUUACUUUCCUUUAGUACAUCAACACAACAGGAGCUCGAGUGUGUUUAAAGGAAUUGUACGAGUCAAAAUAUGACCCUCUCUCCGUAUCAUAUACCGUCAUGACAGGUAAGGGCGCAUUUUAAUUCUGCGGGUUUUACCUACUAAAAACUAAAUCGAGGUUAAAAAGGAAAACUAAAAUACACCGUAGGAAGAGCCUUUUCAAGCCAUUUUAACAGGAGGUUAAAUCCGCCAUGUUGGUGUCCUACACCAGCCCGCUGGGAGUUAAAUUCUUGUCUUAUAUAAACGCUUUCUCAUCAAAAUUUAAAAAAAAUAGCUUUUUAAAGCACGUGAUUUAAAACACUCUAUUAAGAUAUUCCAGCCCCUUGCUUUAUUAAGUAUUACGAAUUGUCAUACGCUUAAAAUGCUGUAGACCAGUGUCAACUUUGUAGUUAAAGGCAAAAAGAGAACAGAGGAGUAAUAGGGUCUUUUUAAAAUGCAUUUUUUCUGAGUUGAAAUUUGCCACAAAUGUCACAUAUUUUCCUGCAUUUUUGAAGCCGUCAUAGUUAAUCUCCGAGAACGUUGACUUGUAUGUUGUGUUUGCUUGUUUCGAAUGAAAGCCGUCAGAUAACAGCAGCGACUUUUUUCAUGACGUAAACAGGUUACGAUAAAAAGUGAUUCAGCUCAAGUCUCGGCAUGAUCACUGAACCAAUUCCCGGCUACGUCACUCAACUGACUGAUUAGUAAAAAGGGACUAGCCUGCGUAGCAAGCGUUUCCGCGCGAGUUAGUCGAGAGAGUUGGGACGAGAGCAAUUUCCGCGCGAGUUAGUCGAAAAAGUUUGGACGACAGCAAAUAACUCGAUUGGAAACGCUUACUACGUAGGCUAAUAAGGGACUGGCUAUCAACUUAAGUACGUCCGUAUUCUAAUUUCAUCUGUUGUCAGCUAAUAUAAGGCACGUCCUUUUCUAGCUUGCUCUUGACACGCACGUGCGUCAUUUUCAUAAACUCAAUCCGAUAUAGGUCCUGUUUUUAUUUUUUUAUAUAAACGCGUUUACCCCGACUGGAGUUAUAAAGCACAAGUGGGAUCUAUGGUACUCUUUUGCCAAAAGACGUCCAAGGAAAUAUACAGAAUUGCAAUCUUAAUUUUUGCUAUCCCACUCUCAUUUUAUAUUUUUUAUCACAUGCAGAUAUUUGCCAGACAGAAUGGAGUUAUUUUGAUGGCUACUGUUACUUAACAAGUCGGGCAUGCGCCACGUGGCUCACCGCUCAAUCAAACUGCUCUACAAUGAGUUCCAAUUUAGUAACAGUUUACAGCCAAGAGGAGAAUGUUUACAUUCAACACCGUCACAACGGAGAAAGAUCCUGGAUCGGACUCAAUGACCGAAGUGUGGAGGGUUCCUUUGCGUGGGCAAGCAAAGAUACAAGUAACUUCGAACUCUGGGCACCGAAUCAACCGAACGACUGGAAGAACGAAGACUGUGUUCACACUCUUGGUGCUCGUCAUCGUUACGAAUGGAAUGAUGUAUCGUGUGAUAACUGCUUCAACUACACUUGCUUUAAAGGUAGUUUUAUAAUAUACUGUGAUAUCAAGUUUUAA